GAUGUAAAGCUCCUUAGCGGCAAAGGGGAAAAUGAACGCCCGUGAUUCGGCUCACUGAAUCCAACGGGUAAAAGUAGUCGUCAUUCGCUUUUAGAGCGCUCGCUCUCAUCCUCGCCGCGCUCCCACUGCAAAACCCUAGCCGAAGCCAUGGGGGCGUACAAGUACGUGUCAGAGCUAUGGAGGAAGAAGCAGUCCGAUGUGAUGCGGUUCCUGCAGAGGGUGCGGUGCUGGGAGUAUCGUCAGCUUCCGUCCAUCGUGCGCGUCACCAGGCCCACGCGCCCUGAUAAGGCUCGACGUCUCGGUUACAAGGCAAAGCAGGGUUAUGUCAUUUAUCGGGUUCGUGUUAGACGGGGUGGGAGGAAGAGGCCUGUUCCAAAGGGUAUUGUGUAUGGAAAACCCAAGAAUCAGGGUAUCACUCAGCUUAAGUUCCAACGAAACAAGCGGUCAGUCGCAGAGGAGAGAGCUGGCCGAAAGUUGGGAGGCCUCAGGGUACUGAACUCUUACUGGGUGAACGAGGAUUCAACCUACAAAUAUUUUGAGGUUGUACUUGUUGAUGCUGCCCACACUGUAAUCCGCAAUGACCCAAGGAUCAACUGGAUCUGCAAGGGUGUUCACAAGCACCGUGAGCUUCGUGGUCUCACUUCAGCUGGUAAGAAGUACCGUGGUCUCCGUGGCAAAGGUCAUCGUCAUCACAAGGCCAGGCCAUCACGCAGGGCAACCUGGAAGAGGAACCAAACUUUGUCUCUUCGUCGUUACCGCUAAGCUUGCUUUCAUGGUUAAUUUUGUCAGGAAUUUGAUGUGUUUUUCAACUCUACAAUCUUAUUCGAUGUGUUUGUCUCUGACUCCAAGGAUUAUGUGAUUGUAGUAACUUUGCUCCUAUUUGUCUCAUGGUAGUUUGCAUUCCAAUA